AUGCUGCGAUCUGUAUCGACUGGGACGUGGAUGCCCGCCUGGGUCCCGGAGUCGACGGCACUUCUGUCCGUCCUCCUCCUGCUGUGCUCCAUCGUCCAGUCCACCACAGGAGGCUACGACGGCUCCAUGCUGAAUGGCCUCAAUAUCCUACCAUCUUACACCGAUUACUUCAACCUCACUCCUGCCACCAAAGGUCUGAACACGGCAUCUACCUUUAUCGGCGGCUUCUUCGGCCCCAUCUUUGCCGGUGUCAUCGCCGACCGCCUCGGCCGUCGCCCUGCCAUCUUCUGGGGCACAGUGGUGACGCUCGUCGGUAUUAUUCUACAAGGCGCAGCUCAGAACAUUGCCAUGUUCGUCGUCGCGCGCAUAAUCCUCGGCGCAGGAAGUCAAAUCUCAGGCAUCGCUGGCGUCGUCUACCUUAGCGAGACGUUUCCCAGUCGCUGGAGGACCUGGGGUCUAGGCCUUCUCAACAACUGCUACUACAUCGGAGCGCUCAUCGCCGCCGGCAUCACCCUCGGCACCAGCAAGUGGCAGUCCACCUGGGCCUGGCGGGCGCCCUCCUUCUUCCAGGCCAUCUUCUCCGUCAUCUGCCUGCUGUUCCUGCCCUUCAUCCCCGAGUCCCCGCGCUGGCUCGUCGCGCGGGAGCGGUAUGAGGACGCGCGGCUGGUCGUCGCGCUGACCAACGCCAACGGCGACCUGCAGGACCCGGUCGCGGUGGCCGUCUACAAGCAGAUCGUCGACACGCUCGACUGGGAGAAGAAGGAGGGGCGCACGAUGAGCCCCAAGGAGAUCUUCAAGACGCCGGCGGCGCGGAAGCGCGUGCUGAUCGGAGGCUCCGCGGGGCCGUUCUCCUGCAUCGCCGGCAACAUCAUCGCGAGCUACUAUCUGGGUGAUGAGCUGACCACGGCGGGCAUUGACAGUGCCGAUGACCAACUGAAAGCAAAUGUUGUCUUGAACAUCUUCUGCCUGGCCUGUUGCCUUGUCGGAACGCAGCUUGCCGACGUCUGGGGCCGGAAGCCGACCGCGCUCCUUUCUCAAUCUCUGCUCAUCGUCUGCCUGUUCAUCAUCGGUGGACUGUCCAAGAUCUACGCUGACGACAAGACCGGCGCAUCGCAGGCCCUGGUCUACGGCGACGUCGCAGUCAUGUUCCUCUUCCAAGGCUUCUACUCGAUCGCCUGGACGCCGCUCCUCACUCUAUACCCGCCCGAAGUGAUGGACUACCCGACAAGAGCCAACGGAAAUGCAUUGUCAAGCUUUGUUCUGAACGGCCUAGCACUGCUGCUUGUCUUUGUGAUGCCCAUUGGUCUGAACAACAUUGGAUGGAAAAUGUACAUGAUCAACGGGUCAUGGGACAUCAUCACGCUAAUCUUGAUUGCUGUGUACUGGGUCGAGACCAAGGGCAAGACGCUCGAGGAGAUUGACGCACUCUUUGAGGGCGGCGCGCAUUCGACGGUGCGAAAUGUCGAGGACGUCCGCAAGGGACGAGAGGUAUUGGACGUUGGCAAGAUUGAGCAGGAACUACACGAAGAGGUUGAGCUGAGGAACAUGUUGAACUAG